UUAAAUCCAACAACCCUAAACCUAUGUUCAGUCGAAACGUCUUUGAACUCUGCCUCUUUCACUUCAUCGUUCCUCUGUAAUUGCUGUAACAGCCACACUGAUUCAUCAAUUUAGUGAUGUCUUUAUUCACUCCUUUAUUUUUCCUUUCCGCAUUCUCCUAUAUAGAUCUAACCAAAAAAAAAAAAUCACAUCAAACUAUAGCAACCAAAGCGGCUUUAUCCACCAGAAAGGCUCCAGUGGCUCAGCUCAACAACGAUGUCUCCCCUGUCUUGGCCGAUCAACUUUCACAUCGCUACCUUGCAGCAGCUCGAUCUCACCAAACACCUUCUUCGCGACGAGGAACUACAGGAUCACUCACCACAAAUACACUAUUGGCUUCAGUCACAUCUUUAUCCUCUGUGAUUCUUUUUUUCUGUUCUUAUCGUUUUUGAUUCUUCAGUCACAGGGAUGCUGAAGUUGCUGAUGGACACUGAUCUUGACGCUAAACAAAUGGACUCUGCUGAAACCGCUCACGGCAGUAGGAAAGAUCUCAUAUCGUUGAUAAACGAGGUUCUUGAUCAGGCAAAGAUUGAGUCAGGAAGGAUUAAGCUCGAAAACGUGCCUUUUGAUCUCCGCUUUCUCAUGGAUAAUGUUUCAUCACUCCUCUCUGGCAAGGUUGCUGAAAAAAGGAAUCGAGCAACUGUUUGUUUUGUGGCAAGAACGGUUGGCUGUUUAUGUUUCUAGCAAUGUUCCAGCUGUUAUAAUUGGUGAUCCAAGUCGGUUCCGACAGAUAAUCACAAACCUUGAACUUAGAAAACUAUUGAUGAGGUGGUUACUUUCAAGCUAUGAAGCACGGGGACGGCAAUUCACUGCCGUAUCACGUACCAGCGGCGUUUCAGGGACGGGGACGUGGUGGGGACAGUGUGGGAACGUUUCCGAAACGUUUCAGAGUCGGUGGGGACGGCAAAUAUUUGUGGAGACGGCGUAGUUAGGUUUAGAAAACGUUUCUGAAACGUUUCUAACUUAAACUCAGUAUAUUAUUUUGUAAAAGAUUUGGUUGAUUGCUUUUUUUAUGUCUUUAGUUUUGGAAAACAAUUGAAAAAGGAAAUACGUCCUUAGUUAAGCAUAGUUAAACGAUUAGGAUUACAAAGUUUUAAACCAUUUUCUGAUCUCAAUCGUAAGCAAACUCUUAUUGUCUUCGUCUUCUUUCUUCAAUUGUCAAUUUUCAUCAUUUUUAAGAAAAACACUGUAAGCAUUAUAAUAAACUCUGUUUUUGGUUUGCCAA